CAACUGAUUCAACUCCAUUCCACCUCUAUCAGCUCAUCAUCAAUUCAUCGUCACCGAAGCGAAUUAACGGUUUCAUACUGACUGUUAUCGGGCUGGUAAAAUGACGAAGCUAACCCUUACCUCUCUCCUCCUCCUCCUCCUCCCUCUGAUUUUCAUCGUGUUGACUUCAGCUCCGCCGACGAUCGCAUCAGAAGCGGCUACCAAAGGGUACUCCAAGUCAAUCCCUCGUUUUCUGGGAAAAUUCGCGUACCCAAACAGGUGGAAACCAUUCCAAUAUGAGACCCGAUAUUUCGAACAGCGUCUCGACCACUUCAGCAUCGCCGAUCUCCCGAAAUUUCGGCAACGGUACCUCAUCAGCACCCGACACUGGACUGGUCCGGACCGAAUGGGCCCAAUCUUCUUAUAUUGCGGCAACGAAGGCGACAUCGAGUGGUUCGCUGCCAACACCGGCUUCGUCUGGGAUAUUGCUCCUCGGUUCGGUGCUAUGGUCCUCUUCCCUGAACAUCGAUACUAUGGCGAGUCAAUGCCUUACGGAAGUAGGGAUAAGGCAUAUGCGAACGCAGCUUCCUUGUCCUAUCUUACAGCGGAGCAAGCACUCGCUGAUUUUGCAGUAUUGGUUACUAAUUUGAAACGAAAUUUGUCUGCUGAGGGUUGCCCUGUUGUGUUAUUUGGUGGUUCCUAUGGUGGAAUGUUAGCCGCAUGGAUGAGACUCAAAUAUCCUCACAUUGCAAUUGGUGCACUUGCUUCUUCUGCCCCAAUUCUUCAAUUUGAAGAUAUUGUGCCACCAGAAACAUUUUAUGACAUUGUCUCCAAUAACUUUAAACGUGAAAGUAUCAGCUGCUUUGAUACUAUAAAGAAGUCUUGGGAUGUACUAAUAUCUGAGGGCCAGAAAAAUGAUGGGCUUAAGCAACUGACUAAAGCUUUCCGCCUAUGUCGGGACUUGAAAAGGACAGAAGAUCUUUCCGACUGGUUGGACUCUGCUUAUAGUUUUUUGGCAAUGGUGAACUACCCAUAUCCUUCUGACUUUCUAAUGCCUUUGCCUGGACACCCAAUAAAAGAGGUGUGUAGAAAGAUGGACAGUUGUCCUGAGGGAACAAGUGUUCUGGAGCGCAUAUUUGAAGGAGUAAGUGUCUAUUACAACUACACUGGUAAAGUUGAAUGCUUUCAGCUUGAUGACGAUCCUCAUGGCAUGGAUGGUUGGAACUGGCAGGCAUGCACUGAGAUGGUUAUGCCAAUGGCUAGUAGCCGGGAGUCAAGCAUGUUUCCAACAUAUGAUUAUAAUUACUCCUCUUUUCAAGAGGAGUGCUGGAAGGAUUUCAGUGUGAAACCUAGGCCUACAUGGAUAACAACAGAAUUUGGCGGACAUGAUUUUAAGACCACAUUGAAAGUUUUUGGAAGCAACAUUAUUUUCUCCAAUGGUCUGUUGGAUCCCUGGAGUGGUGGCAGUGUUCUGCAGAAUAUAUCUGAAACUGUUGUUGCUCUUGUUACGGAAGAAGGUGCUCAUCACAUCGAUUUGCGUUCCUCAACUGCUGAGGAUCCUGAUUGGUUGGUCGAGCAGAGAGCAUUUGAGGUGAAGCUGAUCAAAGGCUGGAUUGAAGACUACCACCAGAAACGCAAUUCAGUUUUCAGCAUAUAGAGCUCGAAGUUACAUGGGGUUAGCAUCUGUAAGUAGUAGAUAUCUCUCCUUUUAUGGCUCUUUUCAGCUCCUUACGAAGUGAACACUGCUGGUGUGUUCAAUUAUGCUUGGGCUAAUCUGUUGUGUUUAUUAUCAAAUGACGAUAUUGUAAGGACUAAGAAUAUUAUUGUAAAUAAAGUUCAUCUUAACCCACUCUA